AGAAGAAGCGAGAAUUGGUAGCAUUUCGUUGCUUGACAGGGAAUAGGGUGUAGAAGACGCUGAUUUGAGAUUAAUUGAGCCUGUCAAGUUUCACUUUGAAUGGUGGAGGUAGCAACCGCUGCAGUAACGAUAUGCUUCUCCAUCAAUACUUCAGACUUAAAAGUUGGAUAUCACUGCAUUUUUUGUUCUUACAUACUUCUGGUGUGACCAAAAGAAUCACUGGUUAUUGGACAAGUGCAUGAUUUUCUGAUGAAGACAUAGACCUCCUGAUGUCAUCUUCUGGACCUUCAGCUAAACAGGAGCGGGGCCGGCCGGCCGCCGCUGCCGCCGCCGACCGCGCCCUGGCACGCUUCGUCGACUCGACGCUGGAGCGCUACACCGAGCUCAACGACCAGCAGCAGACGGCCUUCCUGGAGAGCCUGAUCGCGCACAGUCACCCGCGCCAGCGCUGGUACAUGCUGCAUCGGCUGCCGUCGCUGCUACUGCGCGACUUCCUCACCCUGCUGCCGCUGGAGAUCGUCGAGCAUCUUCUGUCGUACGUGGACGGCGCGUCGCUGCUUCGCUGCUGUCAGGUGUCCUCCUCCUGGAACAAGAUCGUGUCGUCGCUGUCGUCGCUGUGGCGCGACAAGUGCCAGCUGCUCGGCACGCGCACCAGCCUCAGUUCAAUUGACAUCGAGGCCAUCGGCGGAUGGAAGGAGCUUUUUCUGGGCACGUCGCGCACGCUCUGGCGCAUGAAGACGCGCCAGGCGUUCGAGAAGGUGUCGCUGAAGAUGCCGGUCGGCCACGGCGGCAAGGUGAUCGCGCUCGACUACCACGACGACCAUCUGGUGGCAGCCAGCGAGUUCGCGACGCUGUUCGUCUGGCGGCUGGGCGAGAACGAGUGUGUUCUGACGUUCGGUGCCUUCUUGCCCAUCUCCUGUCUCAAGUUCACGCAGGGCAAGUUCAUCGUGUGUGGCCAUUACAACGGGCAGCUGUCGUCGUACGAUAUAUCGGACACGUCUGGCGACCCGGAGCGGGCCGAACGGCUGCGCGAGCGGCUGCGGCGCCACAGUCUGGAGGAGCCCGAGGAGCGCAGUGAAGGCGCCGUCCGCCUUCUGCGCCGAUUCUGGGUGCACAGCGGGCCCGUGUUCUGCCUCGACUACUCGGAGGAGCUGGACAUUCUGGUGAGCGGCUCGGCCGACAACACGGUCAAGAUCUUCAGCCUCGGCUCGGGCCUGCUGCUCAACACGCUGCCGCGCCACAGCCAUUGGGUGGUGCGCGUGCUGCUGCGCACCGGCGUGCACCGGUCACCGCCGACCAACAACAAGAUCUCGACAGCGUCCAUCGUGCAGUACAACCUGCGCACGCGCGUGCUGUCCACGCGUAUCGUGGUCAGCUUCAAGGUGAAGAAGCUGCUGGCAAUCGGCUCGCGGUACGCUAUUCUGCUGGCGCCGUACGCGCAGGAGAGCUGCCCCAACCUCUACUUCGUCAACCUCAACACCAAGGAGGUGAUCGCGUCGGAGAAGGUGCCACACUCGCGGCUCUCGACGCCGGACGCGGCGCAGAUGGCGAUGGGCGAGCUGGGCUGGCUGGAUGGCUUCGACGGCGAGCCGGGCGAGGGCGGCGUCAUCGCCGCCAUGGGCACCGAGAAGAGCCGCGAGGUGUUCGUGCUGCGCUGGCGGCGCCGGUGA